UCCUGCAGGAGCCCGGAUCUGUUUUUCCACAGCUUAUUACAGUUUUUGCAUAAUUCCUUUACCCGACUGCUGAGUUUGAUGCUGUUACAGGAUCCAGAGAGGAGUCGUCGCCGUGACUUGGAUGGACUCAACUUUACAAGACUCAGAGGAAAGUUUUCGGAGGAACUAAGGUCAAAGCUUCAAAUGCAAGAGUGGCUGUGAGUGAAGCAUAUUUGAUUUGACGUCUGAAGGAGGACCAUUCGGACUCAUUAUAGAGCAAUGGGGGAGUCUGCUGUGUGUGCUUUGAGACCUUUACUAUGAACCAUGGAGGACAACACUUCAUCCCUGACCCUUGAGUACAAGGACAGCACCACCGUUUGGGCGCCGCUGCCCUCCGCUCCCAGCAGACAGCUGGGCACUCUUCCCAACCCGCAGACACGCUUCAAGGACCUGACAGGGAUAUUUUUCAUGGUGACCCUGAAUGUUCUGGCACUUCUGGCCAACACUGCUGUUCUGGUCGUUGUCAUAAAAGCGCCUCAUCUCAGGAAAUUUGCCUUUGUGUGCCACCUGUGCGCGGUGGACCUGCUGUGCGCCAUCUUGCUCAUGCCGCUUGGGAUCGUGUCCAGCUCUCCGUACUUCGCUGACGUGGCGUUCACUGUGCUGGAGUGCCAGGUCUACGUCUUCCUCAAUGUAUUCCUCAUCGCCGCCUCUAUCUUCACCAUCACAGCCAUCAGCGUGGAGCGGUACUACUACAUCGUUCACCCGAUGCACUACGAGGUCAAGAUGACGUUGAAGCUGACUGCAGCCGUGUUAGCGAUGGUGUGGGUGGCCUCUGCCGUGCUGGGGCUGUCCACCAUGUUUGGAUGGCAGUCGUACGACGGCGGCCUGAGCUCCAUCAAUGCUGCACGCUGCUCGCUGCAUUGGAGUCACAGUGACCACAGAAAAGUCUUCUCUCUGCUCUUUAGCGUCAUCUGUUUCUGCCUGCCUGCUGUGGUGAUUUUUGCUGUGUACUGUAAUGUGUACAAGGUGGCCCGUGUGGCUGCCCGCCAGCACGGACCUCUGCCCUUGUGGACGAACAGUCAACUGAAGCAUCGCUCUGACUCAAUCAACAGCCAGACGACCAUCAUCACAACCCGUAAUGCCCCACGGAGGAUAAUGCGCGACCGGCCUUUCGGUGGGGGUAAAGCCGCUCUCACUCUGGUGGUCAUUGUUGGCCAGUUUCUGUUCUGCUGGCUGCCUUACUUUGCCUUCCACAUCAGCCUGACACUGGACACAUCACCCAAGAUUCCCGAUGACCUGGAGGAGGCGGUCACCUGGCUGGCAUAUUCCUCCUUUGCUGUAAACCCAUUUUUUUAUGGACUUCUUAACCGGCAGAUCAGGGAGGAGCUCUGCAAGCUGAGGCGCUGCUACUCAGCGCGACCCGUAGAGCUGGCUAUCUCCAGCCACGAGAGCUCGGGCCACGAGAACUUCCUGCAGUUCCUCCAUCGGACUAGCUGCACGAUAGAAACACGUGCAAGCUUUGCCGUAUCCAGCCCCAGAAGUACUCUGGAUCAAACUGGGCAGCCUGGAUUCAGGAUACCAGGACAGAUCCCAGAGGAGUUCAAUUAGAUAUACCUCAGUGUUGUGCCAUGGCAUUAGCCUGCAGGACUACUAAUGAUCACACACACAGGAGCUGAAAGGGUCACAGCGAGAUGAUAUCUGUAUAAUUGUCAAACUCUUAAGUUUCAGCGUAUUUUUAAGGUUUAGGAGAGAUUGUGCGUUUUGGUGAAAAGAAUCGCUCUCUCAAGGUCUUUCGUAUUACUGGGUACUGUACCUCCAAUAUGUCUGUAAACCAGACAGUAAAGUAUAAGAUCAAGAAAUAAAUACUCGUUUUUUUCUUGGGAUUACAGUCAGAAACAAAACUGGAAUAGAAAGCUACUGACAUUUUUUUGCACUAGUGUUAAACUAGGAGCAAUGAAGUUACACUUUAUUUCAACUAGCCACCAAAGCAAAGUAGCUGUUUUCUGCAAUCUGUAUAUCAGCUUCUUUGAAAAGUGAUGACAUUACACUUGUAAUGUUUCUGAUUCGGGCUCAAAUCAGAAUUGGAAUGUCAACAGAUCAAGAUCAAAACCAAGACCGGUUGAUUUUAUAUGGGUUAUAAAUAUAGCAGCAAUAUCCUUUGUACAAGUUAUUCAGUGUUGUCAUGUUGUUAUUACAUUGCAGGAAUUUCAUCUUUAUUUAUUGUACUGGUAAGACACAUCAUGCUUUGUUCCGAUAUGUAUUGCUUUAAAUGUGCAAAUAAACUGGUUACAUGCAGA